AAAAAACCAAAAAACUCCAAGAUCUCUCUACCUCGCUCAUCGCAGUCGCAAACCACAUAUCACCACGUCCAGAAUCAACAAAAAGAUCCUGGAUCAGGACGACGCCAGAUUCUCGGUAGAGCUGAAAUAACUCUUGCUCUGUGCGGCGACCCGAGAUUUCGCCUCGACGGCCUAUCUGACAUCCACAUUUUGCUGUGACUUUCUCUAUACACUCAUCUCCCGACACGGCACGACCUCAACAAGCUCGCCAGCAAUUCCCGGAUCAGCUGUUACUCUUUCCAGUGAUUAUAGAUCGCGCUGUCUAAACGGUGUUCCUACCCCCACACCCUGAAGCAUUGUCGCCUUCCGUCUGGUUAGACACUUAGACAAGACACACCACCAACGCCAACACCAACACUAAACACAACGCCAACUUCCAAACCAGCCAUCACACUGCAAAAAUGAGCUCUGAUGAGAUUGUGUGGCAAAUCAUCGGUCAACAAUUUUGCGCGUUUAAGAUUAAAACCAACAAAGCUCAGACAUUCUGCCGUAAUGAGUACAAUGUUACAGGUCUCUGUAACCGUCAAUCAUGUCCUCUCGCAAACUCUCGAUACGCUACGGUCAGGGAAGACGCUGGCAAGCUCUUUUUGCUAGUUAAAACCCCGGAGAGAAGUCACUUGCCAAGCAAACUUUGGCAACGUUACAAACUACCCAACAACUACUCCAAGGCGUUGUCCACUAUAGACGAGAAGCUCAUAUAUUGGCCUAAUUUCCUAAUUCACAAAUGCAAGCAACGUCUCACCCGCUUGACACAGGUCCAAACUCGCAUGCGCCGUAUUGCCGCCGAGGAGGAACGCUUGGGUGAAAAGCUUGUACCUAAGAUGGCGCCCAAGAUCAGACACCGUGAGCAGGCUCGUGAGCGCAAAGCCGAGGCUGCUGCUAAGCUGGAACGAACCAUUGAGCGUGAGCUUGUUGAGCGUCUUCGACAGGGAGCAUACGGUGACCAGCCCCUCAAUGUCAGCGAGUCCAUCUGGAAGAAGGUUCUCAAUGCCAUGGAGCGCGACGGCGAGGGUCAACGUGAUAAGGACAUGGACAAGGGCCUUGACGAGAAUGGUGAGGAGGUUGAUUGGAGUGAGGAGGAAGACGACAACCUGGAGAAUCAGGUUGAGUAUGUUUCCGAUAUUGAGGAGAGUGACGAGGAGCUCGGCGACCUUGAGGACUGGCUCGACAGCGAAAACGAGGAGGAGGACGAAGACGAGGAUGAUGAUGACAGCGAAGAGUCCGAGACCGAGAAGUCUGGCAACAAGCGAAAGCGUGGACGUGCUAUCAAGAUGAAGAACAAGAAGCCCAGACAGGAGGAGAAGGAGAAGCUGAUGCUCACCAACGAUCUCACAUGGUAAUUGACGGUCUCAAAAAUCAAGCUUCGGCGUUUGAGGAGUUAGCAUUUUCUAAGGAAGAUGGAAAAAAGGGGUUUACGAAGGGUGGAAAAGCAUACAUCACUGUGUACCUUCUGUCUGAGGAUAUCACACGGCGAUAUGCUUCAUUUUUGCUGAGCUAAUUCUUGGCAAGGUAUAGAUACCAAAUAGGCUACCAAUGUUUUUAUAUGAGUUUGUUGUACUUGAAAUGAUUUGAAACUAUUUUCCCUC